GCAAUCGAUCGAUCAUCCUUCUCGCCGCCGCGCCUCCGACUGCCGUAGCGCCAGCACAGCCACAUCAGAUCAUGAUAAGGAGCCAAAACAUGAGCUGCAGAACUCACUAUGAGGCCAUUGGUGUGAAGGAAGAUGCGAGCCAAGAAGAAAUCCGUAAAACUUAUCGAUCCGCCAUCCUCGCUCUCCAUCCGGAUAAGCUCCCGGAUUCAUCCGAGCAAUCAAAUCCCCUCGGGAGUGAGUUUCUCGAGGUGCAGAGGGCGUGGAAAGUGCUCGGUGAUCCGGGAUCACGGGCCCUCUACGACCGUGAACUGAGGACGUUGAGACAGGAAGCUGUCGCUGCAGAAGAUGUAACCAUGAGAGAUAUGAUGGUUGUCGAAGAAGAAGAGGACGGAGGGGGUUUCGACCUGUCCUAUCAAUGCAGGUGUGGUGAUUUCUUCUGUAUAAGUUCUUGUGAAUUGGAUGAAAUGGGGUAUCAGUUUUCGAGAAAUCGAGGUGAGGUUUCGUUGCAUUCGCCUUCGUCUAUGCAAGCAUCGAUUGUUCUUCCGUGUGGAUCGUGCUCUCUGAAACUACGGCUAGUCAUUGAUUGAGGCCCGAGUUGAUUGAAUUGGUAAUUUCAUUGAGUUGAAUGAUGGAUUUUGCUUUGGAUUUCCAUUCAUUAAAGCAUGGCUUUGAGUUGAAAAUGUGUUUUUUUGUUCUAUUUGAUUUUGGCAUGAGAUUCUCUCUUCUUGUUGUGAUUAUGUUAGGGUUGUACAUGAGUUGAGUCGAGCUGUGAGCCGAGUCUAGUGUCUCAACAAUGGUGGAUCCUCAUGAGGUGGGGUUGACCCACUCCAUUGCCAUCACAUGAGGGUCGUAAAACUUUUGUUAAAUUCGGUCUUUAGAGCUGCUGCCAGUCAGUUUUAUGAUGUGACAACUCUUCACUAACACUUAGUAGUAGUUUGUAGUUCACUUUUAUUAUU